AUGUCCCCUUCAACCCUCACCCGCGCUCUGCGCUUCAACCCAAUCUCUAUCAACAAAUUCGUUUCCUCGACUUCCUCCUCCAGCAGCGCCGCAUCUCGUUUCUUCACCUCCAACUCCUCGUCUGCGCGCCAAUACUCCACAUUCAGAAAUGCAUUUGCACGAACUCGUUUUGCGGGAAAGCAAACAAAGAGAUUUCAAAGUACAGAGGCCGCUGCUGCCACUGCAACUGCGCAAGUUAGUUGGUUCAAGAGAAUGUGGGAUAGUCCGAUUGGUUUGAAGACUGUGCAUUUCUGGGCUCCUGUCAUGAAGUGGGCACUCGUCUUAGCCGGUAUCUCUGAUCUUGCUCGUCCCGCCGAGAAGCUCUCUCUCACCCAGAAUGCUGCCCUCACUGCCACUGGUAUCAUCUGGACUCGAUGGUGUUUAAUCAUCAAGCCAAGAAACAUUCUUCUCGCAACCGUCAACUUCUUCCUCGGCAUGGUCGGUGUCGUCCAAGUCACCCGUAUCCUCCUCCAUCAACGCAGCGAAAAGAACAAAUCCCUCGCCGACAAAGCAGCAGAGGUCGGGCACGAAGUUAAGGGAAAGGUCGAGGAUGUUGUUAAAUCAUAA